CUCGGCCUCGUCCCUCCCGCCGCAGCCUCCCGCGCCAUGGCCGUGUUGCAGCUGCUCGUCCUGGGCUCGCUCUUGGCGUCGUGCUGGGCCUCGCCGGCCCCGCCGGAGGCCUCGGCCGGCUGCCCGCCCUGCGCGCCCGCCCGCUGCCCGCCGCUGCCGGCCCGGGGCUGCGCGCUGGGGCAGGUGCGCGACGGCUGCGGGUGCUGCGCGCAGUGCGCGCGGGGCGAGGGCGAGGCGUGCGGCGGCGGCGGCGCGGGCGGCGGCUGGGGGCGCUGCGCGGCCGGGCUGGAGUGCCGGCGGCGGCGGGCGGGCCCGGGCCAGGGCCAGGGCCAGGCGGGCGCCUGCGCCUGCAAGAGCCGCUACCCGGUGUGCGGCAGCGACGGCCUCACCUACCCCAGCGCCUGCCAGCUGCGCGCCGCCAGCCUGCGCGCCCAGAGCCGCGGCCAGCGCGCCGUCCAGCAGCGCAGCAAGGGGCCCUGCGAGCAAGGACCGUCCAUUGUGACACCUCCUAAAGACAUCUGGAACGUGAGUGGGGCGCAGAUUUACCUGAGCUGUGAGGUCAUCGGAGUCCCAACCCCAGUCCUGACCUGGAACAAGAUAGCAAAGGGUCAAAGGACGGAGCUGCUGCCAGGAGAUCGGGAAAAUUUAGCUAUCCAAACUCGCGGGGGUCCUGAGAAGCACGAGGUGACGGGAUGGGUGUUGAUAUCGCCUUUGAGCAAAGAUGACAGCGGAGAAUAUGAGUGCCAUGCGUCAAACUCGCAGGGAGAAGCUACCGCGUCAGCAAGAAUUACUGUGGUUAAUUCUUUACAUGAAAUACCCACCUUAAAAAGUGUUGAGGCAGAGCUGUGAAAAGUGAAGAUUCAUACAGCGGGCGGAAGCUGCCACUUACUUCAAGCCCAGGCUAAUCUUUCAGAACUUUUGUUCUUUCCAGCUUCUCUCUGAUCAUUUACUCCUUUCUUGCUAUUUUUGCUAAGGUGCCAACUGUGGAAAGGGGUCCUUGGAUGUUCUUGAAGACAGUAUUACCACAGGGGGGUCCCAAACUAACAAAGCACAGUACUGCAGUUCAGAUAUACACAUUAUUGCAUUUAUUGGAUGCUAAUCAGGUUACAAGUGCAGCAGCCCUCUACCCAGGCAUGCUAACUCUUCUUGCUUAAGUAGGUCUAACACAGUGUCCCAAAAGGAGGACAAGUAGGAAAAAUGUAAUCCUUUCCUACAAAUGUCGUCUUAGGAGAUGGUUCACAGCCUUCUGUAGUUUUCUCUGUUCCUUUUGUUUCUCUGCCUCCCUGCCUGCAUUUCACUACCGUUGGUUUAUGUCUUGCACUCACACCAAAGGCGCUCCCCCCCUCCCCCUUCACAUUCCAACCAAAGUCCUGCCUUUCCCCUGAACUUCCUUGGAGUCCUGUGGACUGAUCUUCGCAUUCCUCAGAGUUCAGAAAUCGGGUCAAGAGGUGCUUUGUGCCCUGACACAUCCCUUCCCAAUAUGCAACCCUAUCUCACUUUGCAGGUUUCUUCAACGACCUUCAGAAGCAAAAGCAAUUCCCGUCUGGUUCAGGGUUCGAACGCCUUCCCUGUGGCUGUGGCCGCCCAUCAGUUCCCCCCUCCCACUUAACACUUAGUUCAAUUCAGCUGCUGUAUCAGCUCCAGUCUAAACACUGGGGAAGAGCCAGACUAAAUGGGCAACUUCCACCAUUUCUUUCUUCCCACUGCAACCGCACCCCCUUCAUAUUGUUUCCCAGGGUCCCAGGUCACAGCACUAGGAACAUUUUGAGGGGUGUCUAGGGAGGAGAAAGGAAAUGUUCUGCAGAUGGACGGUUCAGCCUGGAUCCAGCCCACUGCCUCUAGUAUAAAGGAGGAAUGGUUUUUCCCCCAGAUGUGCCAUCAAGAAAAAUAGGGGGGGAGGGGUUGUCUUAAAUUUGUGCAUAUGUUACAGGUAUGUACUUCAAUAAACAGUUUAUGCAUAACA